AUAUUUGUGUGUAAAUAUUUUUUAACUCUGUGCUGCACAAAGACAGAAAGAAGACAGGAGAGACACACAGUCUGCCUGCCUGCCUGUGUCUCUCUCUCAACAACCACAGGUGUAGCCAGUUUUAUUUUGGAGACACAAAAAACAGGGAAACGGGGAGAAGAAAGCAGGAGCUGGAGAUGUGCCGGGUUCACUUUGGAAUGAGAAUAAUAAGGAAUUAUUUCGCUUUUUUUUUUUUUUUUUUUUUUUUUAAUUAACCACGGUAUGAGAACUGGAAAUGCUGAGUAAAUUACCUGCCCUGAUGUGUAGUCCAGCUGUAUAGCUUGAACCCAAUAAUACAUAAAGAAAUACAAAUAAAAUGCAUGAAACAAUCUUUCGGGAUCAUUUCUUGGGAUCAGUUGUUUUUUAUUUUUUUGACGAAAAGAUUGACAAUUUUUUUGUUUUGUAUUUUAUUUUAUUUUUGACUUUUAAAUCGUGACCAAAAAAAUUGACAAAACAGGAAGAAAGAAAGAGGUGAAUUGAAAUAAUUCUUUGGAUAUAUUUCGGGGAACAUCGUGUUUGCUGUAUUUUUAUUUAUUUAUUUAUUAUUUCUCUCCCCAUAACCCUUGGAGGAAUUUGAGUUGAGACAGAGCAUCUUUAUUUCUUGUAAAGUUUUUAAAUUAAAAAAAAACAAAAAAAAAAAAAACAACAAAAUCAGAAAUCAAAGAAAAAUGAUCCUGGGUGACAGAAAGAGAAGAUCCUGAAGAUCCUUGCGGUGCUGGUGUAUUUAUUUGGGGGUUCUCCUCCUCCUCCUCGAGGUGUCCAGCAUGUCAGGGGGGCGCGCUGCCGUGGCCUGGCCAGCUACUGGGGCCAGCAGGUGGAGUUUUGAGCAUCCGGUGGGGGUGGACUGUAGCGACCCUGAACCCCGCUGCAUCUGGCUGGCUAUCCUGCGCAGCGUCAGCAAGGUGAAGCACUCCAAAACAGGGGCGCAGGGGACCCUCCCUCCACCCCGCAGCCAGGAACGCAAGCAACAGCCGGCGAAGGGGCGGAGAGAUGGGGCUGCCUCGUCCAAUGAGAAUGCACAGCCGGCCUCUGGGGAUGGACUGCAGUGGCCCGGCCCACGCUCGCUGGUACUGCACAAGAACGCCCAGGGAUUCGGGUUCACGUUGCGGCACUUCAUCGUGUACCCGCCGGAGUCUGCCGUGCACAACAGCCCCACGGAUGAAGAGAAUGGAAAUGGAAAAGGAUACCAGAAGGGUCGGCUGGAGCCAAUGGACACAAUCUUCGUGAAAAAUGUGCGUGAGAGAGGCCCCGCCCACAUGGCAGGACUUUGCACGGGGGACCGGCUGGUGAAGGUGAAUGGAGAGAGUAUUCUGGGUAAGACCUACUCCCAGGUCAUCGCACUGAUCCAAAACAGUGACAGUAUCCUGGAGCUCUCCAUCAUGCCCAAAGAUGAAGAUGUUUUACAGCUGGCAUACUCGCAGGAUGCCUAUCUGAGAGGGAAUGACCCAUUCCGCGGAGGAGCCCAAAACCUGCCUGAACCUCCUCCGAUCUGCUAUCCGCGCAAAACCUACCCGGGGAUCCCACCCCAGAACCAGCCUCCGCAGCACCUGGACAACUGGCCCUGCCGCUCAGGCUCCCAGGGGCCCUCGCCCCCCCUGGAUAACCGCACGGGAGGGGAGCCGGGGGGAGUGGGACCCUCCAGCCCAGCCCACAGAACCGAGGAGGUACAGUACGGGAUGACCUGCCGGGGUGGGGGUGUUCGGUCUGUCUCCUCUUCCUCCUCUGCAACCAGCCCACCGCCGCACCAGAACCACAGCGCGGGGCGCCCCCUCGCCCCUGCCCAGCCCCCAAGGCAGGGCAGCUCCCCCCGGGCUGGCAGCGAGACCCGCCUCCCCUCCCCUCAGCAGCCCCAGCCCCAGCCAGCCCCUGCUCGCAGGCAGGCCCAGCUCUGUCAGCAGGCUCUGUCGGACUGGUAUUACAGCCAGCAGGGGCCCCACAGGCCCCCUAGCCACCCUGCCAUGCCCCCGCGACAUCGCAGCUUCUCUCAUGACAGACUUGGGGACCCCCCUCCCCUCAGCCACUUCCGGGGGCCCCACAGUGCUUCGCAGGACUUCCUCCUCCACCAACACCACUGGGGCCACCCCUCUGGGCCCCCGAGCGUGAUUGGGGACUCCUGCUGGAGCGACGCAGGCAGGACGCGCUCGGAGAACCAGCUGGCCAGCAGACGGGAGCUCCACGGCCGCUCGCUAGAGACCCUGGACCGAGCGGUGAUGUCCCCCAGGCUCGAGCACCCGACCUGGCUGCAGCGCCAGCACAGCAGGACCAGCGUGGGAACCAGCGCCCCCAGUAACAGGGAGAGAGCCCAGCCCCAGCCCCAGCAGCCAGCUCAGCCGGGCAGCAGGGAGAGGGGGAGGGAGGUGCCCAGGCUGCCUCCCCAGCAGAGCUUUGAGGACCCCUUGGUGGGCUACCGCAGCUACAGCCCCUCCUUCUACCGCAAGACUGACCUGCUCCUCAAUGCACACUCCUUCAGGGACCCCUCCUAUGCAGGGCCCCGCCUCAACUGGACGCCCACCCCCAAAACCAGCCCCCCAGGGGAUCCCGAAACUGAUGCCACCUCCACUCCUCCCCUUCCCCUUCCCCCAGUCCAGGACGUGGUGCGGAGACCGACCAAUCAUGAACGAGGAGUGGGAGGGGGAGGGCUGAGGGAGGACGUGUCUCAGAUACAGCAGCAGCAGGAGGUGGUUUUGAGACAGAAGCCCCCCAUAGGCCGACGCACAUCUUAUGGAUUCAGACACCCCCACUACGCCCUGCCCACUGACCCGCAGGACUCCCCCGCGCAGAUAGGGGCUACCCAGGGGGACACGGGGCCCUGCAGCGCCAACAGGGGUCUCCCGCCGCUACCCAUAGACGAUGACUCGCUGGCAUCCAUCCCCUUCAUAGACGAGCCCACGAGUCCGAGCGCUGACCUGCGAGCCAGACAUGUGCCGGCCUCCUCCGUGGUGUCGAGUGCCAUUAGCUCCGCUCCCCUGAUCACCACGAGCCCCGCCUCCCCCACCUUCACCUUCCCGCUGACCAGGCUCUUCUCGCAUGACUGCAGCAGUAUCAAGGCCAGCCGCCGCUCCUCCUAUCUGCUUGCUAUCACAACGGAGCGCUCCAAGUCAUGUGACGAGGGUCUCAACACCUUCAGGGAUGAAGGCCGAGUCUUCUCGAGGCUUCCAAAACGAGUGAAGAGCUUUUUCACAGACGGGUCUCUGGACAGCCUGGGUGCUGCGCAGGACAUUCGCUCGAAGCGCCAUUCCACCUCGGAGCUCAGCAACCUGACCUUCAGCGACGUGCGCAGGGAGGGCUGGCUGCACUACAAGCAGAUCCUCACCGAGAAGGGAAAGAAGGCAGGCAGCGGGAUGCGUCCCUGGAAGCGAGUGUUCUCUGUGCUGCGCUCGCAUGCGCUCUUCCUCUACAAGGACAAGCGAGAGGCUGUGCUCUUCAACACAGCACACUCAGAGGACGAGCAGCCAAUCAGCAUCCGCGGCUGCCUGGUGGACAUCGCGUACAGCGAGACGAAGCGCAAACACUCUCUGCGGCUCACCACGCAGGACUUCUGCGAGUACCUGCUGCAAGCCGAGGACCGCGACGACAUGCUGGGCUGGAUCAAGGGGAUCCGCGAGAACAGCAGGACCAGCGGGGAGGAUUCUGGUUUCUGCGGUCAAGCGCUGAUUAACAAGAAGCUGAACGACUAUAAGAAGCAGAGCCCCACAGGCAGCAAGCCCGACUCUCCUAAAGGGACCCGAAUGAAGCCCCCUUUCCUCACGGCGACGGGGGCGCCCCGAUCCCCCAGACAUGACUCCGGGAACAAGGAGGACAGCAGCCCCCCCAAGUCUCCCUGGGGGAUCAACAUCAUGAAGAAAGUGAAGAAAUCGGUACCCAAAGUGUUUGGGGUGCGGCUCGAGGACUGCCAGCACGGGGUUAAUGAGAAGUUUGUCCCCCUGAUUGUAGAGCUGUGCUGUGGCCUGGUUGAAGAGAUGGGUCUGGAGUACACUGGUAUCUACCGGGUCCCAGGAAACAAUGCUGUGGUAUGCAGCCUACAGGAGCAGCUCAACAAGGGCAGCAUUGACAUCAACCCUGCCGACGAGAAAUGGCAGGACCUGAAUGUGAUCAGCAGUCUGCUCAAGUCUUUCUUCAGAAAGCUUCCAGAGCCCCUCUUUACUGACGACAAAUACAAUGAUUUCAUAGACGCUAACAGAAUGGAGGACGCAGGAGAGAGACUGAAAACAAUGAAGAAACUGAUCCGAGACCUGCCAGAUUAUUACUUCCACACACUCAAGUUCCUAGUCGGUCACCUCAAAACAGUGGCUGACCACUCCGAUAAAAACAAGAUGGAGCCUCGUAACCUGGCCCUGGUUUUCGGCCCCACGCUGGUCAGGACUUCGGAAGACAACAUGACUGACAUGGUGACUCACAUGCCAGACCGCUACAAGAUUGUGGAGACCUUGAUACAGCACCACACCUGGUUCUUCAGUGAGGAGACGGACAAAGAUGACAAGACUCCAGUGGACAAGGCAGACAUGCAGCCAGCGCCCAACAUUGACCACCUCCUGCCCAACAUCGGGAGGACUGGGGUGCUGGCAGAGGCCUCGGAUUCAACCAACAGCGACUCAGCUAAAUCUAAGGGCUCGUGGGGGUCAAAGCGGGAGCUGUACUCCAAGGAGCUUCUGGCCCUGUCCAUCCUGUCGGCUGUGACCCGCAAGCGCAAGAAGCGCCAGGACGCCAGAGUCCGGGGCAACAGCACCGACGAGGACUCGGAGCACGAGCCAAUCAAAGAAGGAGCAGGAAGAGAGGAGGAGGAGACUAGAGGAGAAAGGCAGGGAGAUGAUCCCAGGAGCCAGGAGGAGGAAGAGGAGCAGUGCAGAGCCCCAGAGGCGGCGAAGGAGAGGCCCCCCCCAGACGCUCGCUCCAUCGUUUCGGGGUACUCCACACUGUCCACGCUGGGGGAGCGUGGAGGGGAGGAGGCGGAUGACGAGCGCAGUGAGCUGCUGAGUGAGAGUGGAGGGGGGCUGCCGGAGACUGACACGGAGAGUGGCUUUGCCUCGCACCCCCAGACACAGGAGAGACCCCCCAAGCAGGACCGCCGGAGGAGGGGCCAGGAGCAGGAGAAGCUCUCCCAGCAGCUCUCCCAGCAGCUCAGCAAGCUCCCUGCCCCCGCCCCCCCCAGCAGCUUCCUGUACUCGCACUGCAGACUGGGAGCCACAGGGGGGGAGGGGGGCCCCCGCUCAGAUACCCCCUCCUCCCUCUCAUCCAGCACCUCCACCUCCAGCACGGCUCCGCGGCUGCACAACCGGCCCUCCUUCAACUCCCGCAGGCUGAUCCAGUGCGACACGCUGGCCCGCAAGAAGCUGCGUGGGGGGGAGAAGGGGCUGCCGCGGCCCCCGGGUCCGGAGAAAGACACAGGUGGUUGUGUGCGGUCCUCGCUGGGGGAGGAGGCAGUAGUUGCCGUGGACACUGCAGACAGUGCCGACAGUAGCAAGGUCUCCGUUCCCAGGAUAGUGUGCAGCAACCAGGAGAGGCUGGGCGGGGAGCUGGGGGGGGAGCGCAGGGUGAACGAAGCUGCCUCUUUCUCCCCAGCCUCAGUAGGGAAGCCCCUCCCCAGACCUCGCUCCUCCGCGGACGACAUGUUCGGCGUGGGCCUGCGCAAGCCCCACUCCCCUGAGACGCGCCGCAAGAAGAAGGCGUGGCGCCGGCACACAGUUGUGGUGAACACCAGCAGCAUGUCCGACCCCCAGAGCGGCAAGAGACUGUCUGACCCCUGCAGUGAGGGUCGGCCGCGCUCCGGGAGCUAUGGCAGCCGCCCUCAGCCCCCACAGGACAGCAAACCUGCCCGCACCAGCUCUGUGGACCUGCCACCCCCCUACCCCCACCCCCACAGCAGCGCCCCGAGCUCUACGCCUCAGCACACAGUAGCCUCCCGCUUUCACCUGUAUCUCUAGGGGCGGCAGGGCAAGGAGAUCAGCCCUGAUCUUUGCAGGAUCCCUCUGCUCAAGCCGCUUGCAUUCUCCAUCAUUCCUCCAGUCCACUGCCCUUCAUCAAAGUAUCUUAGACAGAUCUCCUUAUUUCAGAAAUGCUGAAAACAGUGAAUUAGUGAAGGGGCCCUUUAUACAGGCGAAACAGGACUUGUACAAUUCAGCGUCAACACGGACUAACAGUGACUUAACCAAAUUAUCGAAUGGUGAAAAAUAUCGAGGGAGCACUAUAUUAAUUUUCAUUUUUUACAUUUUU